CUGUUUCUGAAAAUUCACAAAUCUUAAAUAGGAAUUCCUUGUCCGAAUUCUUCAUCUUCAACAACCACAUCACCUUUUAUUCUUCAACUCCCUUUUUUUUCUCUUCACUCAGAACCCCUCUAUUCUUCGACUUCCCUAACUCGAUUCCACACUUUCUCAAUUUCCCCUUCAGAUCUCCGCUUGGAAUCAUAGAGGAAGAACGACCAAGAAACAAAAUGUUGUGGAAUAGGUUCACCCCGUCAAAAGGAAGCUUUCUUGGUUGGCACUUUUUGUUGGAUCGUUUGCCAAUCAAAGAUAAUCUUAUCAGCAGAGGAGAAAGUUGAAGAUAAGAAAAGCAAACUGGGAGGUCGGUCAACGCCCCAAGACUGAGCCGCCUCCGUUUUCCUUCUCUUCUCCGGUGCUGCUUCUAAAAAAUUUGCAGAGGGGGACGACGCAGCGCCCUCUGUUUUUCUUCUCUUCUCCGCCAGCCUUGCUUGGGAAAUCUGCACAGCAGCACGCCAUUGAGGAGAAGUUGCAGUUUGGCUUUGCUCUUCAUUGGGACUGGUUUUGUUCAUUCUUAAUUUGAUUUUUACAAUGAUUCUUUGUUGGUUCUUACCAAAUUUGCUUACAGGUCGCCAUCACUCAAGAUGUUUAAUGUAUACCACAAAGACGGAGUAAUCUCGGUUUUAUUUUGUCAAUUUUUAUAUUUUAUUUGCUCUAAUUUUAGUUCAUUUAUUUACAUGCUUUGCUAUAUGCUACCAAAAAGUAUACAAUGUUUCUUUAUUUUUAGUGGAAUCAAUGUUUUCUUUUUUAUAUAUUUGUGAAAUUUACUUAUUUUUCUCUCAUGUGUCAUGUGUGCAUCCUUUCUUGUGGUUUCAAAGCUAUGAAAAGCAUCAGAUUGCCCUGUUGACUCUUUUUUUCUUCUUUGAAGGCCAGAUUUGUGAGUAUUGGCUGCUCAAGAACUCUGACUUUGGCAUGGAGAUUGAUUUGUAUACUCUGCACUUUUUCUACUUUGUUCCUUUUACUUUAGAAGAUUUUGUUCAGAAUUAUUACGGUUAUAACUUUGUUUGACUUACCUUGACUACUUGGAGAAAAUGCUUUUGAUAUUUCUCUGUCUCAUUUUAUUGUCAUGUGGAUGUUUGUAGGAUUGAUGAAUGGAUUGAUCUUACCAUCUUGCAAACUGCUUAGAGUGUGUUGACUAGGCCAUCUUCAAGUAGAUUAUUUCUUUCUCAGUGAUUGUUUUGAGCUUUUGUGCUAAAGUGCACUACAACUCAAUACAUCCUUUUGGUUAUGGGCAGAUUUUUCUUCUCGUCAAAUUUGGAGUUGCAAUUGUCAGUUAGAGUUCUGAAGAUGGUCAAGAAGAAGAUUACUGGAGAUUUUCCUUUUAUGAUUAUCAUAUUACAAGUGAACUAAAUGUAGAAAUAGCUAAAAAUGUUACAUAAGUUAGAAAACUUAUUAUGCUAAAAUUAUUUUAUGUUUAGAUUUAGUAAUUUAUGGUAGAGUUUUGACUAGUUUACAUGAAUGUAUAUACUCUAUUGAUGUUACAUGAUGAUCAUUGAGUUAUUAAAUUAUUGUACUUUUU